GAGAGAGCGAGAGAGAGCGAGAGAGAGAGAGAGAGAGAGAGAGAGAGAGAGAGAGAGAGAGGGAGGAAGUGGUGAAGAAGUCAUUGCAGUAUUUGGCUUCUCACCACAGUCAGCCUGCAGCAGAGUUUGUCUCAUAUGACGUUCUCUGACUUUCUUCAUUAAACCAAGCCUCUUUAGGUUUUUUUGUGACGGCUUCAUGGGCUAAAGAGGGACACAAACACUGAAGGACCCUCACAACGCAGAAAGCUGUGCCCUGGACUGAAAGCGCUGCACAAUUUUGUAAGAUCUAGAGGGAGCACUUCAUCGGGAAAAUGCAGUUCCAGUAAUUUCCAUUCAAGGCGUCACUGAUGAUGUCAGCCAGCAGCAUAAUCAGUUCAGGGAAAGGAAGCCGUGCCUCCAAAGUGACAAAAGAUCACAAAAAGCCCACACCAGCUGCCCUAAAAGGAGCCAUCCAGCUGGCUAUAGGUUACGCUGUGGGAAACCUGAGCUCCAAACCUGACAGAGAUGUUCUCAUGCAGGAUUUCUCUGUGGUAGAGAGUGUCUUCUUGCCGAGUGAGGGCAGCAACAUGACUCCAGCACAUCACUACCCCGACUUCCGCCUCAAAACAUAUGCACCACUGGCAUUCCGCUACUUUCGUGAACUCUUUGGCAUCAAACCAGACGAUUAUCUGUAUUCCAUCUGUAAUGAGCCUCUGAUUGAGCUGUCCAACCCUGGUGCCAGCAGUUCCUGGUUUUACCUUACCAGUGAUGAUGAGUUCAUUAUCAAGACUGUGCAACAUAAAGAGGCAGAGUUUCUGCAGAAGCUGCUUCCUGGCUACUACAUGAACUUGAAUCAGAACCCGAGGACUUUGCUACCGAAGUUCUAUGGCCUUUACUGCAUUCAGUGUGGUGCCGUCACUGUCCGUGUGGUGGUGAUGAACAAUGUCCUGCCACGUGCCAUGAAGAUGCACUACAAGUACGACCUGAAAGGCUCCUCGUACAAACGGCGCGCUUCACGCAAAGAGCGCACAAAGUCUUCACCUACAUUCAAAGACUUGGAUUUCCAAGAGAUGCAUGAAGGCUUGUGCUUUGAUGCAGAGACCCACAGCGCCUUGAUGAAGACUCUGCAGAGAGACUGCCGGGUUUUAGAGAGCUUCAAGAUCAUGGACUACAGCCUUCUUCUGGGUAUCCAUGUUUUAGACCACAAGGUGAAGGGCAGAGAGAGCAGACGUGACAGCAGGAAAGGACAGAAGGUUCUCUACUCCACUGCCCUGGAAUCUAUCCAGGGGACUGUGAAGGACCCAGAACCAGUGGCAGAUGAUGACACAUUUGGUGGAAUUCCGGCCAAGCAUAAAGAUGAAAACCUCCUCAUCUUUUUAGGAAUCAUCGACAUCCUUCAGUCCUACAGGUUCAUUAAGAAGAUGGAACAUUCCUGGAAAUCUCUUGUACAUGAUGGGGACACGGUGUCAGUUCACAGGCCCAAUUUCUAUGCAGACAGAUUUCUGAAAUUCAUGGGCUCAGUUGUAUUCAAACGCAUCCUCUCUUUGAGAGGAACAUCUAAGAGGAAGAAGAACUUCUUUCUUGCAGUUAAGUCAGCCUCUCAGGAAAUACUUUCUCCUCAUAAGGAUGAGUGGGAGAAGAAGAAAGCACAAAGCAUGGACAACCUAGAAGUUUACAGUUCCCCCAAGCAACCAGAUCUUCUACCUAAAUCUGCUGUUACGUUCAAGUCUACUGAUGAAGGGAACCUUGAUAGCAGUGAGCACAGGCGAGUCUCCAGUUCAACAAUUGCACUGGAAGAUCCUCUGCCAGCUCUCAUCAGAAGCCACUCAGACUCUGAACUGGAUGUCUACUUGUGAGAAGACAAAGAUGGUGGAUGCUCUCCAGGAAGCCAUGCCUUUAGAAGACGAUGACCUCUCGCAAUGUCAAUACAUGUUUAAGACCUCACAAUAGCAUAUGUGUGAUGUGAACGACAGGCAUUUACAUGCUCAGGACAUUUCAUUUCGUGUAAACCCAAUCAGAAGUGGCAUUCUGUAUGACUUUCACACCAAAUCACACAUACAGUACAGCUCGGUUUUGCUACAAUACAUCACUGAUGGUGUUAAUUUAACAAUUGCUUUUAUUUUCUGUGUAAAUGUUCAAAUUCUCUCAGUGGCUGGAUCCCUGGGCAAAUAUGUUCUCAAUCAUUCACACAUCUAAUUUAUUUUCCCACUAUAUUAAUGUUUUUUGCUUACUAUUACAUUGCAUCCAAACUUAACAGUUUGUGGAAAUAUUGUCCCUUGCUAUCGUUUCACCUUUUUGUGUGCCUUAAAGAGUUUCAAAAUCAGAUGUCCUUCAGUGAUUUGAGGGCGUAUGACUGUGUAAUAUGGUUUUCUUUCUGUGAAAUGGAAUAUCACUUACUGUAAAAUAUGUGCAAUUUUAGAUUUGGACUUAGAGGCUCUGUAGAUACAGAUAUGGAAGAAAAUGUUGUAUGCAGAACUGUUACACCUUUAUGGAGAACGUUAGUAUAGACAUAAAAUAAUACAAUUUGUGAAAUAUGA